ACUGGAGUCCGAAUAUGAAAAAAUGUUAUUCGGACUCUAGUCCGAAUAAAGACGGCCUUUGGUGAACCCACGGUGUUUGCACGUCGUAUUACAAAUGAAUGCGCUUUACUCUAGUCUAGGCACUACUAUAGCCAAACAACGACAACGGACUUGGAUCUUACAGAUAUACUAUAAACAGUCAUGGGUCAACCGCUACGCGAACUAGACUACUUAGAAUCUAGGGUAGAUCUCUAGAAUAUCUAGAAUUUAGUUCCCAGCAAUCAUAGCAAUGCAAGGCUGAGUGAGUCACUGAGUGAAGGCUGCGACUGCGAGAUUGCCUUUUCAAUUGAAUUAUAAAGUGAAGUGAAUAAUUGUAUUUUUUCGGGUUCUGACAAUUCCGUAUUUUUACUUCAGAACAGCUGAUGUCCCCAACAAGGUCUUGAUAGAUUUUAUAAAUUCUUUCGGACUCACGAAACCUCUAUUUAUAUAUAUGCCUAGAUUACAUGAACAUGAUGCCUUUGUCAUGAGGAGACUGAAUUUGGUUCAAAAUCAAGGCAUAAAAGCUUGAGUUUAGCAGUUUAUUCUAGCCCUUUUUUUACUUUUAUUUGAAUUGUUGUAAAUAUCUCAGUGAUACUGAUUUAUUGUAGCCUAACUGUAUUCUCAAAUCUCAGAACUUCUAGGACAUUUCUAGUGUUUCAAAAAGUGCUAUCAUCAGCUGAAGUCAGCUGCUAUACUAGGAAAGGAAUCGUUGUCAAUAGACAGUUUUUAUACUCAGAAUUGAGCAAGAAUGUCUGUUGGUCCUGCGGCAAAGUACUUGGUGCAGAUUAUUGUUGCUGGAGCACAGGUGACAGCUCGUGCCUUUACCAGGGCAGUGAAACAGGAAUAUACUGCUAGUCAGCAGGCAGCGAAGAAUGCGGGAGGCGGUCGUCACGGAGCAAGGAAAGCGCAAGCUGAUACAGUGUCUGGAAUGUCUCUUCAGGAAGCAAAACAAGUACUGAAUAUAUCAGACAUUACGGAACAUGAAUCCCUUUUGAAGAACUAUGAACACCUUUUCGAAGUGAAUGACAAGUCAAAGGGAGGGUCCUUGUAUCUGCAAUCCAAGGUUGUUCGGGCGAAGGAGAGGAUUGAUAUGGAACUGAUGAAUAUGUACAAAACACAGCAAGAAAAGGCGCGGAAGCAAAAUCCACCAUCUUGACGAAAGUAGCGGGGGGAAAAUAUUGUCUUGUAAAUAUUGUUGUUUUAGAUACUUUGUUCUUCACAUUUGAUGAUGCUAUGUGAUUGGGAAUAUGGAUUUUGAUUUUUUGUCGGAAGAGUUUUGAAACUGCUCUGUCUAUAAACCGGUAAUGAUAAUGUUAUGUUAUAUAUGAACGCAAAAUUGGUUUGUAUAUCAACAGCUUAAGGUAACAUCCCGAGAUAAGAAGUGAGGGAGAUAAAGAGAGAGAGAGAGAAGAGUGUGUGUGGAAAGGGACAUCUUUCAGUGCAGGAUGAAUUAAGUGGAUGAGCGUCUCUCUGCUUUAAUGAUGCACUAUUGUGAUCUGUUACGAUGUUCGCUGAUGUGGGGAAUAGCUAUCGAGAGACUUUCUGGGGAUUCCUUUUAACUGAGGUGCUCUUCCUGUGUGUUGUGCCCCUGUUUUCUUGUCUGACAAUACGUUUUGUUGGCAAGUUAUUAAAUGUACUAAAAUCAGAAAGCUAAAUAUUAAAGGAGAGAGAAAAACUGUUUCAUUAUUUUAACAAUUGUAACCUGUAUUAAAUUUUUUUUUUCAUUCUUUUUUUUUAACGUUUAGAAUUUGAAUUUUGACAAAAUGUUCUUUGACUUUGACAACAUGCAACAGCUACCACAGUUUAAGAAACCGCAAUAUAAAAAGGGAUGUUAAUUUUGGGCUUUCAUUAAUUUCAUUCAGUAGUAUCUGAUUAACAUGUAGGAAUAUCGUCAAUGAUACAUCCAAUCUGUGUUGAGUAGAAAAUAAGGACAAAAUUUUUGGAAUGGUUAAAAAUAUUUGGACGAAUAGAGUUUCUAACACUCUCUCAUUUUCUAUUUUCAUAUGAGACAGAAACGUUCUUUAAAAAGCUAUGAUUUAUCUGGUGUUAUUUUGGAAUGCCUCCCAUUAGAGUUAUUUUUAUGCCUAGCCUCUUUCUGGGGAAAAGUCAGUAGACUUACUUUUUCUGUGCCCUGAAUCAAUAUUCUGGCUCUAUUUCAGCAGUGUGAUUGAUGGACUGUUGGUAUCAAAGUAUUGAAAUAUCAAAAUUUAACACUUUUUCUAACAUUUGUCUUGUUACAUUAUGCAAAUCAUAAUAUGAAAGCUGCUACUUUAAAAGCUUACAUCAGAGACCUGAGUAUUUCUUAACUCCUUAGUGAUGACUGAUGUGUACACUUGUGCCCUGGAGGCCCUCCUUUCAGGACCAGUACAAGAAAGUUUGUUCAAAAGAAUGCUUUUAAACAAACCUGUCAGACUUUCUUACCUGUCGUUCUUUCUCUAUGAGGCAUCUUCAUUCUCCAAAUAUUUGCUGACCUAAAAUUGUUCCAAUGUCAUUGAUGGGUGCGCUUUUCCUUGGAAAGUAUAUUUGGCAGCAUUGGUCUUAAUCAUGCUAUCAGCCACUGGAUGGAUGGUCACUGGGGUGCAAAUUACGAAUAAUGGAGAAAAGACAAGAAAUGGAAGUACAUAUAUAUAGAGAGAGAUAAGAAGGAUUCUGUCACCGGUUGUUGAGUCUUCGAUGUAUUCUUGUCGGCUUUUCAAUUUUUUAUUUUUUGUUAUCGUGCCAGACAGCAUUUGCCUGAUCCCAUAAUGUAACUUCUUUUCAGAAAUGACCCUGAAAGAAAAAGCAUACAAAUGACCUGCCAUGUAAUGUGUUGUCGAGGAUAGAUAGAGACUGGGUUGAACAGAUGUUUUAGUAAUAAUAGUUUAAAAGUGUUGGCCACUAUGUAUGUGGUUUUUUUCUUUUCAAUUUUUUUUUUUUUUAAAGUGCAAAGGAAAUUGACCACUUCAGAACAGAGAUAAUAAAGAUUCCUCAGGAUGUAUAUUGAAGAUGAGAAUAAAAUGUUUGAAUAUCCAA